CAUAAUUCUUUGUAUCUACUCACAAAAUUAUUGUGCAAAGUCAGUUUGCCAAAAGUUUUACUCAACUUUCAUACUUUAUUUUUUAACUCAAAGACUAAUUUCCAUCACAUGUGUAAAACUAAAAAAAUAAAGAGACUAUAGCUCCAAAAUUUAUGGGAACAGAACAAGUGGAGUUGUCUCACCUGCAAUUUUUAAUUUUAGCUUUUUUGGAAAUCACCUGCAACAGUUUUAGUUGUAGUGGCUGCUGCAUCUUCAUCUAACAUUUUUUUUUCUUUAAAAAAAUAAAAACCAGAAAUUUCUUACAAUUUCUCUUCGGUUUUAUCGAACUCUGAAAAACUCCUAAAACCCACAUUCAUAUUCAGUCAGAGAUUUCCAUAAACACAAAACACCAAUAACACCAAAAGGUUGGAGAGAGAGAAAAACCCAUCAAAAUCAAAGAUCGAAAAACACGAUGUUGAAUUCAUCAUGCAACGUCGUAACAGACAAUAUUCAAUCUUUAACUCAAUGCAGUUUCUGGGCAUCUCCCAAAAUCCCCCCAAACUUGAAUCGUCCACGAAACGUUUCUUUUUCGUGCUCCAAACGACCCGAUCUCUCCGUGUCAGUUUCAACGACGACUAACAAUAGGGUUACCCAAAGCGGAUCGGAUUCGUUCGGGUUGGCGGACCGGCUCCGGUUGGGUAGCUUGACGGAAGAUGGGUUUUCUUACAAGGAGAACUUUAUUGUGAGGAGUUAUGAGGUUGGGAUUAAUAAGACUGCUACGGUUGAAACUAUUGCCAAUCUAUUACAGGAAGUGGGGUGCAACCAUGCCCAAAGUGUUGGAUUCUCAACAGAUGGAUUUGCAACAACUCCCACCAUGAGAGAGCUUCAUCUCAUAUGGGUGACUGCACGCAUGCAUAUUGAGAUAUACCGAUACCCAGCUUGGGGUGGUGUGGUUGAGAUAGAGACAUGGUGCCAACCAGAAGGAAAAAUUGGGACAAGACGUGAUUUCAUUCUCAAGGACUAUGCAACUGGUGAAGUUAUUGGAAGAGCUACAAGUAAGUGGGUGAUGAUGAACAUGGAUACAAGAAAGUUGGAGAGAGUUACUCCUCAAAUUAGCGAGGAAUAUACAAUUCAUUGUCCAAAACAGCUUCGAUUAGCAUUUCCCGAGGAAAACAACAAAAGCUUGAUGAAAAUAUCAAAGUUGCAAGAUCCUGCUGAAUAUUCAAAACAAGGGCUAGUGCCCAGAAGAGGUGACCUGGACAUGAAUCACCAUGUGAAUAAUGUCACCUACAUUGGCUGGACUCUGGAGAGUACGCCUCAAGAACUUGUUGACACCCACGAGUUGCUAAGUAUCACCUUGGACUACAGGCGAGAGUGUCAGAGUGAUGAUGUUGUAGAUUCUCUUACAAGUCUGGAACCAAAUAAUGGAGCUGGAUCCAUCUUGCAGAAUGGAACUAAUGGAGCUCCCACAUCAACUAGAGAAGACAAUGACACUGUUCAGUUCUUGCAUUUACUGAGAUUAUCCGCUGAUGGGUUAGAAAUCAACCGAGGACGCACUGAAUGGAGAAGGAAACCUCUGAGGCAGUGAUGAUUUUUAUGUUUCUUCUUGUUUCUGUUUCUGUUUGUUUUACUAUACCACCACUAGUAAUUGAGGUUGAUUUUGCAUUUUAUAUUAUUUUGUUCUUUUUUUUGCUUUUGUUGCUUAAAUCGUAGGUCAGAGUAAGAAUAUCACCUGUUAUAUUUGUAUGUAUGAUUUGGUGCAAUUUACAGUACCGCUUUGUUUGCUGCUAUAAAUCAUAAACUUCAGUAUUUUGUUUUAA